CUUAUAGUGAGAUUAAUAAAGGAGCCUAUUGCAAAUGGUGUGUUGUAUUUGCUUUUUCAGGCGGUGGAUCAGGCAACCAGCCGUUAAAGAACCUAGUAAGAGAGCCGAUGACCAAGUAUAAGAAUGCAAUGGCUGAUUUAAAUGAACAUUCUAAAACCAAAUAUCAUAUGAUAUCUAGUGAAAGGGCAAAAGACUUCUUAAAAAACUAUGAAAAUGGAGASCAAACGGCGGUAAAUGUACUUCUCAGCAAUCAAAAAAAAGAAAUAAUUGAACACAAUCGUAAGAGACUUAUACCUAUAAUUAAAACUAUACUUUUUUGCGCACGUAAUAACUUGCCAUUACGUGGUCAUCGAGAGUCCGGUUCACUUAAAUUUGAUAAUGUACGUGAAGAUUGUUUAUCGGGUAAUCAAGGAAUUUUCCGAGCUUUAUUGUCUUUUCGCAUGGAAUCUGGUGACAGAGAUCUUAAGUCUCAUUUUGAUAUUUCUGCUAAAAAUUGUACAAUGAUAAGCUCUACUAUUCAAAAUGAAAUUAUCGAAUCAAUGGGUUCUGUGAUUAAACAAAAAAUUGUUGAUAGAGUAAAACUUUCUAAGUAUUUUUCGAUUUUAUGUGAUGAAACAACCGAUAUCAGUACAAAUGAACAAAUGACAAUAUGCGUACGUUAUGUUGACUUAAAAAAUUGUGUCAUAAGAGAAGAUUUUUUAUGUUUUGUAAAAAUGGUUUCAACUACUGGGUCAGAAAUAACAAAAACAUUGAAACAUGAACUAGAAAAAGUUGGUUUAAGUUUUGAUAACUUAAGAGGACAGGGUUACGAUGGGGGAUCAAACAUGUCUGGCAAGUAUAACGGUGUUCAAGCACUAAUUUUAAAUGAAUAUCCUUUGGCUUUUUAUACUCAUUGCUUCAGUCACUCCCUUAAUCUAUGUUUAUCAAAAGCAUGUGAAGUAUCGGCUAUAAAAAAUAUGAAUGAUGUUAACACUGUUAAAAAGAAAAAGCUGAAACAACUGUGCCAAACUCGAUGGGUAGAGCGACACGACGCUAUAUUAACUUUUAAAGAACUAUAUAUUUACAUUGUUUCUACGCUAGAAGAUCUUGAGCAUGAUACCAAUACAGAAACAUCAACGAAAGCUACGUUGUAUGGAAGUGCCAUAACAAAACCGGAUUUUAUUAUUGCUUUAGAAGUGUCUGCUAAAUGUUUUUCUUAUAYUUUUAAUUUGAGCAAACUUUUACAAGGUAAGCAACAAGACGUAUGCAAUGCUUUGGCUAACGUAACACAAGUAAAAAAUGCCUUACAAAGUAUUCGAAAUGAUGCCGAUAACUCUUUCAAAGAAAUAAUGGAAACUGUUUCAAAAUUAGCUUCUAUUGUAAAUAUUGACAUUAAAAUGCCUC